UCAUAUUAUAUUCCCAAGUAUAUUACGAAACAGAAAAUUUGAGGGAAAAGCACAAAGAAGAUGACCAACUUUAGCGGCUGCAGCAAUCUCGUGAUGAAGCUCAUUUUCAUCUUCAUCUUCUUCUUCAUACUUCAAACGUCAAUGGCUGAAGGAUACAAUAAUAUCAACCCAAUUUACGACUUGGCCAGCAGAGAAGAAAUGGUGAGAUUGGCUGGUUAUGGAGAGGAAAAGCUUUCAACCGUCCUUAUCACUGGCACCGUUCUCUGCGCGGCUUGUUUGCAUGGUGAACCUCAGCUUCUAGCAUGGCCAGUUUCAGGUGCUUUGGUUACCAUCAACUGUGACACGGAAGAGAAGUGGAGCAAAACAACUUCUGCACAAGUUGUAACUGAUGAAUAUGGAGAUUUCCAAAUUGAUCUUCCUUCCCAUCUCCAUGCAAUUCCCAACUUGGAGAGAAUAUGCUCAGUCAAGGUUAUGAGAAUACCAAAGAACUCGGCCUGCCUACCUGCCUUUGCAACAAAACACAUGGCACUGAAGUUAUCUUCAGCUAGGAAUGGCAUCCGCAAUUACACUGCAGGAAAGAUUACAUUUCUGCAUUUGAGAUCUAGACCUUUAUCAGCUUGCACAAACAGGGAGAGAAGUGAUGACCAGCUUGCAUUAUAGAUUCCCGUUUCUUGAGUAGAAGAUUGGGACAGAACCCUAAGGCUCAUUUGGAUGGCGCUUCAGUCACAGCAAUGAGUUGCAAGUGUUCAAUUCCAGUCUUGUCAGUUUUAAAACUCAUACGUAGAGAGAGAGAGAGAGAGAGAGAGAGAGAUGAUGCAUAAAGCCUGCUUGUAAAUAAUGACAACAACACGGACAUUGAUGUAUAAAAGAAAAUUUCCAGUCUUGCUUUA